UCCAGAAACAUGGCGGCUCCCGUGGAUGACAUGUUUUCUCUCUGCGUGGACCCUCGCAAAGCCGCCAGCAACGUAGAAGUGAGAUUUAUCGACAAUAUAAAGGGUAAGGGUCUGUUCGCUAAAAGGAGUAUCAAGAAGGGGGACCCCAUUUUCAUCGAGAGGCCCCUCGUGUCUGCACAGUUCCUGUGGAAUGCUUUGUACAAAUAUCGAGCCUGUGACUACUGUUUACGUGCUCUGGAGACUGCAGAAGAGAAUGCCAGGAGACUCAGUGGAAACCCAGCGCUCAGCCUUCCUCGUCCUGAGCUCUGCCGCGUUCGUCCAGAGCUGCACCAGGCCUGCCCUCAGUGCCAGGUGAUGUACUGUAGCAGCGAGUGUCAGCGAGCUGCAGCGGAUCAGUACCACCGGGCUCUGUGUCUGGGCCCCUCUCAGGAUGAUCCCGACCACCCCAUCAACAAGCUCAAAGAUGCAUGGAGGAGUAUGCACUAUCCUCCAGAGACCUCCAGCAUCAUGCUGAUGGCUCGAAUGGUAGCUGUGGUCAAACAGGCCAAAGAUAAAGCACGAUGGCAGAAGCUGUUUUCUCACUUCUGCAGCCGGACGGCGAAUGAGGAGGAGGAGAUCGCCCAUAAGCUCCUGGGAGAGCAGUUCAAGGGGCAGUUGGCCUUGUUGCACAGUCUUUUCACGGCAGCACUUUAUGACGACCAUCUCGGCCGGUGGUUUGUGCCUGAGGGUUUCCGAUCUCUCUUCUCUUUGGUGGGGACAAACGGACAAGGCGUGGGCACCAGCUCCCUGAGUCAGUGGGUUCACGCCUGCGAUGCACUGGACCUUCCCGCCCAGCAGAGGGAGCAAUUAGACUCUUUUAUUGAUCAGCUUUACAAGGACAUUGAAAAAGAAACUGGAGACUUUCUCAACUGUGAGGGCUCUGGGCUUUUUCUGCUUCAAAGCUCAUGUAACCACAGCUGCAUCCCAAACGCAGAGGCGUCCUUCCCCGACAACAAUUUCCUGCUUCAUCUCAGCGCCCUCAGUGACAUCAAACUCGGAGAGGAGAUCUGCAUCAGUUAUCUGGAUUGCUGUCAGCGGGACAGAAGCCGACACAGCAGGCACAAAAUUCUGAGAGAGAACUACCUAUUUGUCUGCGCUUGCCCAAAGUGCGUGUCUCAGACGGGCGAUCUGGACAUGACGUCUGAGGAAGAAGAGGAGGAAGAAGUCGAGGCAGAUGGUGAAACGGAGGGGGACGACCUGGAAGACGAGAUGACAGAUGUUUGAUCAAAGACUCCCCCAUCCCUGCAACUACGAGUCCAAUAAGAGUAAAGACCAGUUCGGAGCACGACCCGCGUCCGAGCGUCGGCUACCGUUUCCACUCAUUCUUUGUGUUAGAGAGCAGCAGCAGAUGCAGACGGGAGGCGUCGGCUCUCGCGGCCGACACGUCGGAAGGGUUUCGGCUGAACUCCAGCACGCGCGCUUGUUUUGAAAUCAAAGACUGACGACUGAUUUUCAAAUCAAGCAGUUGACUUGAGUUCAGCUUUGCAGGGAGGCGGCGUUUAAGGGCCGGUUCGUGUUUUCAUCCAGCUGGGAUACCUUUUGAAGCUGCAGUCAUUAUUUUUUAUAGCUAAAUCUUCAACAGAUGUAGCAGGCAGUUAAUAAAUGCAGCGCACGUGGAACAAAAAUCAGCAUGUGCAUUACGUUUCUGGCAGUCAGCAGGUGAGCAGAAUAUCUACUAACGUCUCCUCUUUCAUGUUUACACAACUAUUAUUGUCACUUUUCAAGUAUAGCUUGAACCAAGAUCCAUGUUUCACUCUCCUUUCAACGGAAAUGUGACUCUUCAACAUAAUAAAGCCGUAAAUUGAU